UACACACAUUCACCCACACUUCUCGCUUUCUUGACUCACUCACUCAGUCUUUAUUUUAUACCCCAAACCCUCCCUCUCACAUCCUCCUCUCUAAUGGUGUCCUUUUCUCUCCCUUCAAUUCCAAUUCCACCAUGGUUCAGUGGUUUCUCUCCCACCUCCGCCUCCAUUCUCGCUUUUCUCCCUAAAUCCAAACCCUGAUCGCCGCCCGCCACAUGUUUUUUUGCUUCCUGCUCGGAUAGCCAUCCUUCGCCAAACCCUAGAAAAAAAAAACAUCAAAAAUAUUUGGGGCUUUUGGAUACAGUGGCUCCUAGGAUAAUCGACUUGAGGAUUUGGCGCCGUAUUUGGUGAGUUGAAAUGAUUUCUUCUGGAAUCAAUCUGGUGAUGGCGGUCGUCGGAUUCUCGUUGAGUAUUAUGUUCAUCACGUUCGUCUGCGUCAGGCUUAUUUGUGCUCGAAUGUACAUGCGUUCGUCCGCCGCCAGAGCAUUCGGCUCUGAUCUUACCACCAUGGAGAGGGGUUUUCGCGGGCUUGAGCCUCAGACAUUAGCUAGUUUUCCUACAAAAAAGUAUCGAGAGCUAUGCCUGUCCUCAAACGAAAAUGCUCAAUGUACGGUAUGCCUAUCAAGCUACCACAACGAUGACACCCUCCGGAUCCUGCCGGCGUGCGGACACUCGUUCCAUGCUCGGUGCAUCGACAUAUGGCUACACCAGCAUUUCACGUGUCCCGUAUGUCGGGUCUCUCUCCGCAACCUCCCCAAGAGAAGAUGGUUCAGCCAACCGUUGUUCGCCUCGUCCCGCUCGUCGUCGCAGCGCAACGCACAGCCUCCCGACGCGCUUAUUUGCCAUUGCUCGACGCCCCACGACGGCGAACGGACGGAAUCUCGAUCUUGCUCGGAAGGCAACGGAAACAGCCAACAUGCCGUCAAGAAUUCAACGGGUAGAGAAGUAGCGAGCCCGUCUGGGCAGUAGAGUUUUUACGAACAGCGGCAAUCAGGGCGGCGGCGGUGGCGGCAAGGGCAAAUUGGUAAUUCUUGCUUGAUCUUUGGGUUCUUACAAAAAUGUCAUGGUUUGUUUGGCUUUUUUUGUUUUUGGGCAGAUUUAGGGAAUGUUGUAGAUAAUUUUAAGUUAGACAGUUAUGUGUUGUUAAAUCGUUAUAAGUAUGUAUGUUGUCUGUUUACAGCAUGAAGUUUGAAAGAGGAGUGUAUGAAGAAGUUUUAUACAGAUAGAAAUUUCCAUAAUUGUGUUAUUUGAAAUAUUUGUAUAUAUAUAUUGAUUUCGACGUAUGUAAAAUUUAAUUCAAUUUAUGCAGCUAAGGAACUUCAAU